AUGGCUUCGAUCGAAACAGACCCGAAAGACCUGGAAAACAUGCCUCCCGUGGCAACGUCACCGGACAAAGCCCCGACAGUCUGCGUAUUGUAAGUAUUCAAUAUGAAGAACCUGCGCAUGCGAGAACUAACGCGCUCUACUCCAGCUGCGGCGCCUCACCAGGAACCUCCCCAGCCCACCUUGAAGCUGCCCGCGAACUCGCAAGAGCCUUUCACGCACACGGAAUCAACCUCGUCUACGGCGGCGGAACAGUCGGCGUGAUGGGUGAACUGGCCAAAACACUCGUCUCCCUCUCCGGUCCGCAAGCAGUCCACGGCGUCAUCCCAGAAGCCUUACUGGUCUACGAACGCAAUGGCCGCGAGAACGGCACAUCUGGAGGUCCUAAAGUCUUGAUUGACGAAAACAUAUACGGCCGCACGACAGUCGUGAAGGAUAUGCACUCUCGGAAGCAGCUCAUGGCAAAGCAAGUUAUAGAAAGCGGACACGGAGGUGGCUUCGUAGCCUUGUCAGGAGGCUAUGGAACAAUGGAGGAGCUGAUGGAAGUUGUGACAUGGAAUCAGCUGGGCAUUCACGCAAGAGGAGUGGUGGUGUUCAAUGUUGAAGGAUACUAUGAUGGUUUGUUGAACUGGGUGAAGACGGCGGUCAAGUCAGGAUUCGUUAGCGAAGGAAACUCGAACAUUAUGGUGGAGGCAAAGACGGGCGAGGGAGUGGUAGAGCGGUUGAAGGGGUAUACGAAUGCAGAGGGAAGAUUCAAGUUGGACUGGGAAUCUCGGUAG